AUGGUGACAAAACGUCACCAAGAUGUGGUGGUGACACGAGGAGCUAUCGAAAACGACACAAUAUCAGCGGUCGCCGCCAAGUACUGGGCUCCAUUCACAAAAGAAACACAUGAGAAGUUCGACGCGAAACUAAUCGACACAAUUUACGAGAAUGAGAUGCUCAAAACACAAUUCAAUCCGAGAAAAAUCAUGAUGCUCGAAUUUUCACAGUAUUUGGAGGGCUAUUUAUGGCCAAAUUAUAAGGCGGCGGACGCGUCGAAAGCUUACAACUUGUCGAUUGUUGUGAUGAUAAAUGAGAAGUUUCGAGAGCGAAAUCUGGAUUCGUGGGCGUGUUUUACGAAGAACGCAACGGAGUUUUCAGCGUUUUUCAAGAGAAUUUUGGAGCUUUCGUUGCAGGAUGAUGGACUGAGCCCAUCGGAACACUGCGCUCUCCUCACAUUCCUCGUCAACGCAUUUGGCUCCGUGGAGACUCCAAUUGUACACAACGAGACAAAGAAGCUAGUCUCCAUCGAAAUCUGGUCAGGACUGCUUGAAAGUCAACGGGAGGACCUCUUCAAAAAGCAGAAGAAACUCCGUAAAAUUUGGGAUAAUGUCGUCAAAAAGAUGAAGCCAGAGACAGCGUUCCAUCGGGAAUAUCUAUGGAAUUUGAUAGAGAAAUUCAAGAAAACUCUGAAAAAUUUCGAUGGUUCGGAAGGAGAAGAGGAGGGAGAGGAUCCGGUUGAUUCUAUCAAGUAUUGCGAGAGAUUCAUUGAAUUAUUGAUUGAUUUGGAGUCGAUUCUUCAGACACGACGAUUCUUUAAUUCAGUACUUCAUUCCUCUCACCUCCUCACAAAUUGCCUUCUUUCUCCGCUCAUUUCCACCGAUGCGGGAUCACUUUUCUUCCAAUUAGUUCAACUUUUGAAGUUCUAUGCUAGAUUUGAAAUCGAUGACUUAUCUGGGAGACAGCUCACCCACAAAGAAGUGUCCGAACAGCACUAUCAGAAUGUCACGAGACUUCAAAAGGCAGCCUUCCGCUUUUUCAAGGAGAACAUGAAAGAGUUCUAUCUGCUGAAUGUUAGUGGAGUGGAUACUCGACGUGCACUUCAGAAGCAGUUUGGAGAUAUGGCACAUGAGGAAGUCUACCGAUUUGCAGAAUAUUUGCAUUUGGUUCCACCGUUUGGAGAAGACUCCGCCCAACAGUCCGAUCUUUUCACCCGAUUCCCGCACAACCAUCUCGUCGAAACCAUUACCCUCCACUGUGAAAGACGCCCGAAUCAGUUGACUCAACUCAACGAGAAGCCGCUCUUCCCAACGGAAAAAGUGAUUUGGGAUGAGAAUGUGGUUCCGUAUGAGAGUUACACAGGCGAGGGUGUGCUGGCAUUGGAUAAACUCAAUCUGCAAUUCUUGACACUUCACGAUUAUUUGUUGAGGAAUUUCAACUUGUUCCAGUUGGAAUCUACUUAUGAAAUCCGUCAGGACCUUGAAGAUGUGCUCUUCCGAAUGAAGCCAUUCCAACAUGAGUCUCGCAACGAAACAGUGUUCGCCGGAUGGGCUAAAAUGGCACUUCCCAUCGAUCACUUCCAAAUAUCGGAAGUCGCGAAACCACUGGUCGGAGAGAAAUCACCGGCUGUCGUCAGAGCGGUGGUCACUGUGAAUGUUGGACGAAGACAGGAUAUUCGACAGGAAUGGGAGAACUUGAGAAGACAUGAUGUCUGCUUUUUGGUGGCUUGUAGAUCCCGCCGUGGAGCUUCCGGACUGAAAUUCGAUGUCCGUCGCCCAUUCGCUGAGCAAAUCGAAGUACUUAGUGUACGUGGAUGUGAUGUGGAAGGAAUGUUGGAUCAAGAUGGACACCUUCUUGAAGAAUACACAAGUUACGAAAAGAAGACCAAGAUUCCAGGAGAUAUGAGAAAGUUCCGACUGCUGUUGGACCCGAAUCAGUAUCGAUUAGAUAUGGAACAAGGGAAUAAAGAUGACAUUUACGACACUUUCAAUCUGUUGGUCCGACGGGAUUCCAAGACGAAUAACUUCAAAGCAGUCCUCCAAACGAUUCGAGAUCUUCUCAAUACAGAAUGUGUGGUCCCUGAUUGGCUAACUGACGUUAUUUUGGGAUACGGAGAACCUGACAGUGCUCAUUACUCGAAGCUUUCCAGCGCUGUCCCAGAACUCGAUUUCAAUGAUACAUUCCUAUCCAUCGAGCACGUGAAGCAAAGUUUCCCUGGAUAUAAAAUCGAGCUCUCGGGAGAGGCCAACGCAAUGGUACCGCCUUUCAAACUUCACUUCCACGAGCUCGACCGUCGACAAGAUGUGGAAACGAAGCCAGCAGACUUGAGAACGAUUACAGUGACGCCGUUGAUUCGAAAGAAAAAUACGCCGUAUUCCUAUGCGGUGAACAAGAAUCAAGUACAGUUCACACCGGCGCAAGUGGAGGCCAUCAAGUCGGGAAUGCAGCCAGGAUUGACGAUGGUUGUGGGACCACCGGGAACUGGUAAAACCGACGUCGCUGUCCAAAUCAUCUCGAACAUCUACCACAACUGGCCAAAUCAGCGUACUCUCAUUGUGACUCACUCCAAUCAGGCUCUCAAUCAACUUUUCGAGAAGAUCAUCGCUCUCGACGUAGAUGAACGACACUUGCUUCGUAUGGGACACGGAGAGGAAUCAUUGGAGACGGAGAAGGACUUUUCAAGAUAUGGACGUGUCAACUACGUGUUGAAGGAGAGAUUGACGCUGCUCAAUAGUGUGGAGAAGCUGGCGAAGGCGCUGAAAGUUGUCGGAGAUGUAGCGUACACUUGUGAGAAUGCUGGAUACUUUUUCAGAUUUUCGGUCUGUCGUGCCUGGGAGGAAUUUCUGGCUCAAGUGACUGCUAAGGGAGCCGCCAAACUUGCCGAUGGAAUAAUUCCAGAGAUAUUCCCGUUUGCCGCAUUCUUCAAGGAUAUUCCCAAUCUUUUCUCGGGAAACAAUUCGGACGAUAUGAAGGUUGCUCACUCGUGCUGGCGUCAUAUUGAGCAAAUUUUCGAGAAGUUGGAUGAAUUCAGAGCGUUUGAGCUGCUGAGAAACGGAAAAGACAGAACUGAGUAUCUGUUGGUAAGGGAUAUGAGUGACAGACAUACAAACAGAAAUCAAACGGAAUUUAUUUGGAAUCAAAUUGAUUUCAAAGAAUAUCAAAAUUUAUGGGAAUUCCGAAUUCGUAUUUGGGUUCGCUGCAUUCUUGGGAGGACCCAUCGCCUUCAACUCUUCCAAUACAUCAGUGAGCUUCUGCACGCCCUUUUCAUCGGAACUUUGAUUCUCUCUGAACCACAACAUAACCUGUGCUUCUGUAAGCCCAAUCUCGUCUCCCAACUUCUUUCGUUCUUCAAAUUCAAUUUGACAUUUGAUUUUGAGGCUGUGCAAUCAUUAGAAGUCCUUGAUAUUGUUGUGAUCCUCCUGAAAUCAGAGGCCGCGCUCCUGGAUCAUCGAUUGAUGUGUCCGGCGAGCAGGACACUAGAAGAGGAGCUUCUUCUCCAAACGUGCUCUCAGUUUCCAAGGAUAGCGAAAGAUGAGUUUCUAAUCGAAAGAAUCCUUGCUUUCAUCGUUCUCCUGGAAGUCGUCCUCCUCGGCUUCAUCGUUCUUCAUGAUAGUCAACUUUCCAGUUUUAUCCAUCAACUCAGUCUCAAGUCUCUCCUUCUCCUUCUCCGCUUUUCUCAACUUGAAUCUCCGAUUCUGGAACCAGAUCUUGAUCUGAUUCGGUGUCAAACCGAUAGCUCUUGCUAA